UGUCAAUGAACCUUCAAAAUAACUUAUGUAACCAUUCGAAAUGAAUCUUUUUCUUAACAAGUACAUAUUUUCUUGAUAAAAAAAUGUUAUACUUUGUAUAAAUAUUAAUACCUAAUUUACUUUUCUUUAUGACUGUUUGUAUCUUAUAUCUUUAAAUACAAAUCAUUUCAAUCAAGUCACAUUUAUAUCUAUUUUCGUGUAUUAGAUACGCUUUAGUCGAAUGUAACAAGCAAGAUGUAUUUUCCUGUUUUGAUAAUAUAAUGAACUACUUUUGUAACUUGUGUAAAUGAUAUAUUUUAAUAAUGUUUACCAUACAAUUUGGGCAAUGUGGAAAUCAACUAGGACAUAAAUUAUUCUCAGAAGUAUCAUCUGAUUUGGAAUGUGCAAAUACAGGUGUAUCAUAUAAGGCUAAUUAUCAAUAUUCAGAAGACACAUUUAAUAAAUGGUUUAAUGGUAUAUCUAAAAGUAAUGAACGUUUGGCAAGAGCAGUUCUUGUUGAUACUGAGCAAAAGGUAAUAAGUAAGAUUUACAACGAUAAAAGUAAUUCAUGGACAUAUCCAACAAAGAAUGUAAUUUGUCAAGCUGGAGGAGGUUGUGCAAAUAAUUGGGCGUUUGGUUAUAUGAUAAAAGGAUAUGAAUUAAGCAAUGUGAUAUUAAAUUGUGUCAGACAAGAAAUUGAAAAGUUAGAUCAUUUUGAUGGAUUUCUUUUGUUAUUAAGUUCUGCAGGUGGAACAGGAUCUGGUAUUGGAAGUUAUAUUACAAAACUAUUGCGUAAAGAAUAUGGUAAAAAAUCUAUUGUUAACACAACAAUAUUACCAUUUUCAUUUGGAGAAGUAUGUACACAAAACUAUAAUACAUUAUUAACUUUAGCAAAACUUUACAGUGAAAGUGAUAUCAAUAUUUUAAUUGAGAAUGAACAGAUAUAUAAUAUAUGUACCAAUUUAUUGAAGAAAUCACCUACAAAUUUACAAGAUAUGAAUAAGGUUAUUUCAGAAAAGCUACUAGCUGUAUUUCAACCAGUAGAUUGUAUAAACCAUAACAUAAAUUCAUUAUUAUCACAGAUAGCAUGUCACCCUUCAUAUAAAAUAGCAACAAUCAAGAGUAGCCCACAUAUACCUGCAACAUUCGCAAACUAUGAACCUGUGUAUAAUUGGAAUUCAUAUAUACAUCAUUUAAAGCAAACGCUUAGAAUAUCAAACUUCAAUUCACAAUUAACUAAUGUUGAAUUAAAAAUACCAUCUAAUUCAUUGAGCAACACCAUACAUCACACAUAUGCUUGCUCAAUAUCAAACAUUUUGAUAACUCGUGGAAUAGCAUCAGAACAAGAUCCUAUAGUAACAGACAUAUUUAAAGAAAAACAUUUAUAUGCAGACUGGAAUACAAUCAAUUGGUUCACUCAUUUGCAUCAAAACCGAAAAUUCUUAAACCAUGAUAAAUUUCUUGCAUUGAUAACCAAUAAUUCCCAAAUUUCUUAUUCUUUGGAUGUACUUUUAAACAAAGCUUGGAAAUCUUAUGUUCAUUCUGCAUUUUUACAUCAAUAUAAACAAUUUGGUUUAGAAGAAGAUGAUUUUUUACAAGCAUUCGCAGUGCUUGAAAAUGUUGUAAAAGAUUAUAAAGAAUUGGUUCCUCAUGCAAAGCAAUAAUAAAUCAUAAUUAGUUUUCAUAAUUGAAAUGUAAUAAAUAAAAAGUUAAUUAUAAACUUUUUACAACAUUCUUUGUGUAUAUAAAUUUUUAUUUGUACCACAAAAACAAGCUAUUUUUUGUGACGAAUUCAAAUAUUGUAUA